CCUUGACAGAAAAAUUGCAUGAAAAAUCUUGUAUUUAUUGAUUUGUAACGCUUUCUUGGUGUUUAUCUGUGCUUUUCUGGGACCUUCCCUCAGUCUAUGCGAUGGAAAUCAACCCUCCAUGUGGCGAACAUCUAUAUGACGAAGAUGGGAAGAAGCUCCCUCCGUGUAUCCCUGGAGCCUGGCUCACGCCUGCUAUCAUGGCCUGUUACCUCCUCGUGGCAAACAUUCUUCUGGUCAACCUGCUCAUUGCAGUAUUCAACAACACGUUCUUUGAAGUCAAGUCCAUUUCCAACCAGGUGUGGAAGUUUCAGCGGUACCAGCUGAUCAUGACCUUCCACGACCGUCCCAUCCUGCCGCCGCCGCUCAUCAUCUUCAGCCACCUCUACAUCCUCUUCAACAGGCUCUUUCGACGCUGCGCCAGGAAGAAGCAGGAGGGAGAGCUGGAUGAAAAGGACCGAGGCCUCAAGCUCAGGUUGAAUCCAGAGGAGCUUAAAAAUCUUUAUGAGUUUGAGGAACAAUGUGUGGAGGAAUAUUUCCGUGAAAAAGAGGAUGAGCAGCAGUCCUCCAGUGACGAGCGCAUUAAGGUCACAUCAGAAAGAGUUGAGAAUAUGUCAAUGCGUCUGGAGGAGGUGAAUGAGAGGGAGAACACGAUGAAGGCCUCCCUGCAGACCGUGGAUCUCCGUCUUGCUCAGCUGGAAGAGAUCCACGGGAGAAUGGCGGUGGCGCUGGAAAAGCUUGCGGGAGUGGACAAGCUGGAGCUGACCAGGACCUACUCUCGAAAUUCUUCCGUGUGCGACCCUUCGUCUCUGCUCCGCCAGGGCAGCAUCAACAGCGCCGACGGCUACAGCCUGUACCGCUUCCACAUGGACAUGGAGGAGUUCGCGUCCAAGACGAAAGACGCAGACGAGACGGCGAAAAGUGGGCUGGAGAGACAGCGGAGUCUGCGCCAAGCCUCCAGCGUCAGCAACCUUAGCGGCAAGGAAGCUGGUCAGACCUUGGAGGUGGGCGGUUUGGACAGAUCCAGGCCCAGCUCAUGCGUGGACAUUCUCAUCUCCCCGUGCGAACAGAAGCCUGCUUCUGCGGCAUCAAGUCAAGAGACCCUAACUAACAAGGGCAGCACGAUGCUGCUGGACAGGCUCAUGGACAAAAACAGACUGAAGCCCUCAUCCCCUCCGAAAAGGACGAAAUCCUUGAAGCACUAUCCGGCUGAGGACCAGGCCGCCUCUCCUCUGACCAAGAGGAGGACGAUGAGCACCAUCAUAGUGAGUCCUCCCGACGAGCCGGAGGAAGUGGUCGAGCCCAUAGAAAGGGCCGAAAUGCUAAUAGGAUCAUCUUCCUCCCCAAAGAGGACAAAAUCUCUGAGAUAUGUCCCGAGUGAAAGUCAAGCAUCUCCCAUCACGAAGAAGAGGGCGAUGAGCAGCAUCGUCUACAACCCGGCCGACGCCGGGGACGAAGAGCUGCAGACCGCAGACUACAGGUCACUGCUGGAACAAGUCACCAAGAGUCCAAACCAGUGGCCGGCAGAUCUGGAGUAUCAGGUGCAUCCCAGCACCCUGGGCCACAUGCCGAAAAUCUCGACAGUCAGAAACCUGACUCAGCAGUUCCAAGCAAACACAGAACUCAAAAAACAAAGCGAGACUGAAGAGUCGCACUCAGAGAGGAAAGAAACUCCUCCGGCCGCAAAACCCGAACAGAAUCUAAGAAAGCCAAUGGCCAAAAGGAACCUUUCAGACGGUACGGAGUAUCUGACCGUGGCCGAUGCAAAGUAUAUGCCAUCGCACAGGUCGCAGAGCUGGAACGCCACCGAGAGGAAGGCCAAGUCGUUCACAGUCAGCAGAGAGCGGAGAGCCUCCUGCAGCGACAGAGACCUUGAUGGUGAUCGUGGCAGAGUGUCGGCGGCGGAAGGAGAGGACGAGACCGCCAAGAAGACGGAGCUGCAAGACGAGGCACAGGACAAGAAAUGA